UUCAUGCUUUUCUAGCAAAAAAUUAUAAAAAUAAAUGAUUACAAUUUAUUCAACUAUACAAAAUAAUGAUGAUAAGAAACAAAUUAAUCAAAAAACACUGCUUGGGUUUCGGUUCUGGAUUUUCAUUCAAGUGUGUUCUGAAUUUCGGUUUCAACCAAGAAUUUUCACUUCGGUCACUAGUAGAUAUGACAGAAAGAUCACUGUGCUUGGAUUUGUCAGUGUUUCCACAUAAUUGUGUGUUCCUGUUUUUGAAAACAUUGUCUGUUAUCCAUAAACACUAAAUAAUCUGCCUAGCAAAAAUGGUUCUACCGGCUGACAGUAUUGAGCAGCAUCACACCAGUCAUGACGUUUAACCACGUACCAAAUGACAAGUUUUGUUUCGCGAACAUCAAUCGGAAGUGUUUGGAUGUUGAUCCUACUUGUCUGCCAGACAGCUACGAGUAAGAAAACGAAUAUUUUAGAUGCAAAAUCUGCUUAUAAGCAGCGUUUCUGCUAUAAAUUCCAAAUGGUACCUUGGUCAAGGACUAUGAUCAAAACCAAAUUUAAUGUAUGUUGCACUAUAUGUGGAAGGGUUGAAAUGUCUUAGCCAGGAGCUCAAUGAAUAUGAGCUGUUUUUUUGUACAUUAUCUAACAUAUAGCGUCUACUAGGCUCAGUAUUCUCCAUUGGCCUAUGAAAUCCAACAUCCUUGACAACAGCGAUCAAUUGGUCAUAAAUUCCAUAAUUUUUGAAUUAUGUUGGCGAGCUAGCAGUGACUCACAAUUUUGCUUCUGGAGUUUUGCUGUAUUCUACAUAUUGAGAUGGUUGCCAUGUUUUCAAGUGGAGUAUCAAGCCUAACGCGGUGUCCUUGGAUGUUGAUACACUAUAUGGCCAAAAGUUUGUGAACACCUGACCUUAAAACUCAUGAGUGUCUUCCUGAAACUGUUGCCACAAGUUUGGAAGCAUACAGUGGUGUAGGAUGUCUUUGUAUGCUGUAGCUUUAAGAUUUUCCUCCACAGGAACUAAGAGGCCCAUCCUGUUCCAGCAUGACAAUGCCCCUGUGCAUAAAGCAAGCCCCAUGAAGACAUGGUGUGCCAAAGGUGGAGUGGAAGAACCUGAGUGUCCUGCACCGAGUCCUGACCUCAACCCUACUGAACACCUUUUGGGAUGAACUGGAACACCAAAGGCACCCCAGGCCUCCUCGUCCAACAUCGGUGCCUGACUUCACUAAUGCUCUUAGAGCUGAUUGUGUAGAAAUUCCCACAGCCACGCUCCAAAAUCUAGUGGAAAGCCUUCCUAGAAGUGUGGAGGCUGUUACAGGAGCGAAAGAGGGAUCAACUUUGGAAUGGGAUGUUCGACAAACACAUAUGAGUUUGAUGGUCAGGUGUCCACAAACAUAUAGUGUACUUGGCAUGAACAGUGAUUACAAAUCACUUGUUUAAUGUCUCUUGUAGAAACCGUGACCUGUUUCCACAUGUCUGAUGUUUUCACUGAUGAUCUGUCUAUUUAAUCUUUUUUUUUUUUUUUUUUUUUUGCCUUUUUCUUCUUUUGGUGGUUAAAAUGGUCAGAAACAAAAAUUUUUGCUGGCUGACAUUUCAGUGCAUCCCAAGUAAACAAUGUCUCUAUGGAGCUUUAGAAUGUCUUAAUUUACAUUUUACAAAUUAAAAACCCUAAGUAGUAAAUUAACUUACAUUCUGAUUUACCUGGUCUUACAUUUUAGGAUACAGAAAUUCCUAAAUUGGUGUCAUUAUGUUUUUUUUAAAUACAGUUGAAAAUUUUUCUUAAAUGACAUUUGAGGCAGAGCUAAAAAAAGUUUAACUUGAGAAUACCUGUGCACCGCUCGAUUUCCGUCCUGUGUGUGUGUGUAAAUUUGGAGAAAGCCUUGUGCUAGGUCUUUCAGCAGUUCCUCAGUGUAGAAAAUGACCUCAUGCUCUUGUGAAGCUAAUGAAUGGAACCUAACAUAUGUUUUCAAUGGAGAGCACAGCCAGUAAGUUCCUCAAGGAGCACGGCUUCACAUGUUAUCUUUCUUCUGCUUAUGAAAUAAAUUUUUUAUGUGUGAAUCUGUAUUCUAUAUGACUGCAAUAAAAAAAAGACAAAAAGACUGCAGUUAUAGACAUCUGCAGCUGCAGAGAUGAAAUCAUGCUUUCUGUUAAAACAUUUAUAACACACUUAUAACUUGCUUAUAAGAUAUAAAGAUGUUUAUAAAUGCUUAUGAAAGCAACCAAAGUCAGUAAAGCCAGGUUCAUAGCCAUGUCAUAAGACUUCUAGUAGGCAUCUUCUUAAAAAAAAAAAAAGUCUUAUUGGGAUUUUUAGAGAGUUUGUGAUGUUGGCAUGGCAAAUGUAUUAGUAUGUGUGUUUAAUGAGGAGAUGGCAGCAUUCUACGCCGUGGUCCUGAUUACUGUCACUCUGACUUCUCAUUACUCCAUUCUCACCUCACCGUGUGUGAAUAUAAUUGGUUUUGUCGUAGUGAGAUACCCUAUAUUGUUCCGUGCAGUAUUCACACACACUCACACGCACUGUUACUGUUAUUUUCUAAGCUACUCAGUUAAAGGCAUCCAAUAUCUUGUUAGGGAGUCCCUGAGAUUAAGGCCCCUGAUGAUAUUGCUGGAGUAUGGCUGGAAAUGUUCAAAAAUGACGCUUUGGCUUUUCAGAGUAAAAAUGGUGAAAAACAUAACCAAAAAAGUUACACUCUUUCACAGACUUUUGACUGCAUGUUUUGUACACAUGUUUGUAUGCGUAGUAGCUGAAGCAACAUGAAAAACUGUGUUAUUGUGUUAUUGGAGCCAAAGAUCGCAUGUCACCUACGCCACUUUUGACGGAUUUUUCCAACUACUUCAAAUCCAUGUUUGAAAUAGCUCGUAAAUUCAUUUGUCAUGUAUGGGCCUCCCUCCAUUCAAGUAGAUAAGAGCCUGGUCUUGUAUGACUGAAAGUAAGUCCCCAAGAGCAAGGCCAAGAUGGCUCCCAGUGGACAGACUGUAUUAGAAGGACUUUGGAUACACUAUAGGUAAUAACUGGCAACCAAUCAGGAGUGAGAGACUGAAAGAGUCCGAUGCUAAGCAAGAGGAAACAGGAUUCAGGAUUGAUCAACUUUUAGCUUUUUUCUUGGUAAACAGGGAAGGAAUUUAUUUGUUCUCUAAUUUGUUAAGAAGGUUAAUGAAUGAUGGUCAUGUUAUUUACGUUUGCUGUGGAAUUUGUGUUGAAAAGUUGUUUAGGUAGCGAACUCAGGAUAGCUGGUUGUGAAUAAUAAGCGAUGUUGGUGAGUUUUUCCUUUUUUUGUGUGUUUUUAUCUUAGUUCGAGUGAGUGACUCGCCCUCUGCUUGCCUGAUCUGUGGCUUUUCAUCCUGUAGAAUGAGCACAGUUGCCCAAAGCUUGUGACGAAACCAAAAUUUUGAAUUUGCUACCAAUAACAGUGUAAUAAAAGCUCUAACAGUGUUAGUGGCACUGUACAGUUACGCUGGAUAACUUCAUGAAUCUCUUCCAAGAGGCAAGGCAGGUCAGAAGAGCUACUUUCCGAAACAGACUGAAUGUCUGAACAGGACAGCCAACUCUGCAGUGAUUACCAGAACUAUGAAGAGGGCAGAACCUGACAGAACUUCAACCAGGCUGCUGUGAUGAGAUGAAUGCAUUACUGAGAGUUUGUGAGAGUUUGUCCAUGAGGCAGUGUUGGACAGCAGCUUAUUAGUUCCUUUUUAAAUCUAGCAGAUUUUGAAGGAGUUAAAAUAUUUUAGUAGAACAGCAUUGACAAUUGUCACAUUUCUCUUUCAGAUCUGAACAAUGGAGCUGUUUUAUAGUUUGACGGACAACCUGCAACUAUCCAGGAACCUCUCGAUGCUCUGAAAAACCAUCAUGGCUCUCAUAAGUUUGUUUUAGGAUGUUCUCAGGAGCACAACCAGCUCCCUCACUCACUUGGCCCCACACUUAGUCUCUUAACUCAGCUGCUCACCUCACUUCAAGUUAAAUCCUUGUAUUUUUAAUUAUAUGCUACGCCAUGUCUCGCUGCUAUUGUGUUUUUAAUUUUGGAAGUUAAAGUCUAUUAACAUGAACCUGUCAUUUCUCAGAUGUAAGGUUGUGAGAAAUGUUAAAGAAGGAAGUAAAGUCUAGUCCAUGCAUCGUGCAGUAAAUUGCACAGUUUACAAAGGGAAGGUUCACAGAGAGCAAGUUACAGCACAGUCUUGCCACUAUCAGUGGUUCAAAACUCAUGCAUCUGCAUCCUGCCUUCUCUCUCACUUACUCGCUUGCUCGCUCUGUCGUUUUCUCCCCCCUGGCUGUGUCUCUCCACAGGAAGUGGUGUGUUGAGACUGAACUUAAGAUGUAAACAUGCAGUAGGUCAGAGCACGGCUGGACUAUCUGCUACACACAUGCCUCUGAGGCCAAUGCAUCAUGCUUGCUGAUGAGCUGCUUCCACCUCGGCUUCCAUCUCCGUGACUAUUUAUUACUCCUGUUUCAUUUCCAAUUUCAGGAUUUAAUGGGCUAAUGGCUGUACAGUGGACUUUGGCCUCAUCAGGCUCAAUCUUUUAGACAGAGAAUGGGGCAAAUUUCAACACACGUUGUUGUGUGGAUCUUCUGAAAAGCAAAACUGAGAAGUUUUGUCUCAGAGGUGGGGGAAUUUGGCUUGGCAUGAUUCUGUGAAUCCCUGUUGAGGGGGAAAUAUUUUACAGGCGCUUGAUCAGGACCGAACGGCUCUACAGAAGGUGAAGAAGUCAGUUAAAGCAAUUUACAACUCGGGGCAAGAGCACCUGCAGAAUGAGGAGAACUAUGGACAGGCUCUGGACAAGUUUGGCAGUAACUUCAUGAGCCGCGACAGCUCGGACCUGGGGGCCGCCUUCAUCAAGUUCUCCAGUCUGGUGAAAGAGCUGGCAGCUCUGCUCAAAAACCUGCUCCAGAGCCUCAGCCACAAUGUGAUCUUCACCCUGGACUCUCUGCUGAAAGGCGACCUGAAAGGAGUGAAAGGGGAUCUCAAAAAACCCUUUGACAAAGCCUGGAAAGACUACGAAGCAAAGUUUACCAAAAUUGAGAAGGAGAAGCGAGAGCACGCCAAACAGCACGGGAUGAUCCGCACAGAGAUCACUGGAGCCGAGAUUGCAGAGGAGAUGGAGAAAGAGCGCAGGAUCUUUCAGCUCCAGAUGUGUGAAUAUCUGAUCAAAGUGAAUGAGAUAAAGACUAAGAAGGGAGUGGACCUCCUCCAGAACCUCAUUAAGUAUUAUCAUGCACAAUGCAACUUUUUCCAGGAUGGCCUGAAAACCGCUGACAAGAUGAAGCAAUAUAUUGAGAAGUUAGCAGCUGAUCUCUAUAAUAUAAAGCAAACACAGGAUGAGGAGAAGAAACAGCUAACUGCUCUCAGAGACCUUAUCAAAUCCUCCUUACAGCUGGACCAGAAAGAGGACUCACAGAGCAAGCAGAGUGGAUACAGUAUGCAUCAGCUUCAGGGCAAUAAGGAGUUUGGCAGUGAGAAGAAGGGCUAUCUGAUGAAGAAGAGUGAUGGGCUGCGGAAAGUGUGGCAGAGGAGGAAGUGUUCAGUGAAGGGUGGCAUCCUGACCAUUUCUCAUGCCACGUCCAACAGACAGCCAGUUAGACUUAACCUGCUUACCUGUCAGGUUAAACCGGGCGAGGAUAAGAAGUGCUUCGACCUGAUCUCCCAUAAUCGCACAUAUCAUUUCCAGGCAGAAGAUGAGCAGGAAUUUGUGAUCUGGAUCUCUGUACUGACUAACAGUAAGGAGGAGGCGCUGAACAUGGCAUUCCGUGGCGAACAGAGUGCCGGGGAUGACAGCCUGGAGGAUCUGACCAAAGCCAUCAUCGAGGACGUGCUACGCAUGCCUGGCAAUGAGGUGUGCUGCGACUGCGGAGCUCCAGACCCUAAAUGGUUGUCCACUAACCUGGGCAUCCUGACGUGUAUCGAGUGUUCAGGGAUCCACAGAGAGAUGGGCGUCCAUAUUUCACGCAUACAGUCCAUGGAGCUGGACAAACUAGGCACCUCUGAACUCUUGCUGGCCAAGAAUAUAGGAAACAGUAGUUUUAAUGAAAUCCUGGAAGGGAAUCUGCCGAGCCCCUCGCCAAAGCCUACACCAUCCAGUGACAUGACUGAGAGGAAGGAGUACAUCAACGCCAAGUAUGUAGAGCAUCGGUUUGCGCGGCGCACAGCGAGCACGGCCACGGCUAGGCAAGGUGACCUGUAUGAGGCGGUCAGGACUCGAGACUUGCUGGGGCUCGUGCAGCUCUAUGCUGAUGGAGUGGAGCUACUGGAACCAUUUCCUGAGGCAGGACAGGAUCCUGGGGAGACGGCUUUGCACUUCGCUGUACGGACUUCAGACCAGACCUCGCUGCCCUUGGUCGAUUUCCUCGUUCAAAACAGUGGCUCUCUGGACAGGCAGACGGAGAGCGGGAACACUGCACUCCAUUACUGCUGUACCUACGAGAAGCCGGAGUGUGUUAAACUGUUACUCAGGGGCAAGCCACUGAUCGAUAUAGUCAAUCAGAAUGGAGAGACAGCCUUGGACAUUGCAAGGAGGUUAAAAAACACACAGUGUGAAGAACCCUUAAUGGAGGCAGCGGCUGGCAAGUUCAACCCUCACGUCCACGUGGAGUAUGACUGGAACCUGCGGCUGGAGGAGAUUGACGAGAGCGAUGAUGAUCUGGAUGAUAAGCAGCCGAGUCCGGUGAAGAAGGAGCGAUCGCCGCGACCUCAGAGCUUCUGCCACUCGUCCAGCGUGUCUCCUCAGGAGAAGCUCUCACUGCCUGGCUACUUGAGCCACAGGGAUAAGCAGCGGCUCUCAUAUGGUGCCUUCGCCAACCCCGUCUACAGCACGUCCAUGGAAACACCCGCAUCGCCUGGAGCAGACACGCCCACUCCUGCCACCAAGAGCAGUGCCAAAGCUCCCUCCACUGGCCCUCCCACCUCUCUCCCUCUGGGUUCUCAGCCAUGUACAAGUGGCAGCUCCACUCUGUCUAAAAAGAGGGCUCCUCCACCUCCUCCUGGAGGCCAUAAACGCACGCUCUCAGACCCCCCCAGCCCUGUCCUCCAGGGACCCCAGAACAAAGGGAGUGAUUUAACACCUCCGCCUGCAAACAGGACCUCGCCAGCUAACAAAUUUGAAGGAAUUCAGCAGCAGCAAAGCACUACUUCUAGUAAUACAAAAUCAACACUUGGUCCUAGAGUCUUACCCAAACUACCUCAAAAAGUGGCAUUAAGAAAGACUCCAGGCAUUGUCCCCUCAGUGGACAAACCCAAUCAGGGCCCUGAGGUCCUGCAGAAACCUACUCAGGUGGUGGACAUUCCAACCAGAGAUACCAUCACCAGACCCACGGAGCCUCCACCCAAAAUCCCACAGGCAGCUGAGAGGCCCCAGCCAGCCGAGAUUCCUCCCAAACCACACGUCCUGGAGCUUCCCCCUAAACCCCAGCUCUCGGAUCUUCCCCCAAAACCACAGCUAUCAGAAUUACCCCCCAAACCCCAGCUGUCUGAUCUGCCCCCUAAACCCCAACUGAAGGAUCUGCCACCUAAGCCACAGCUAUCAGAUCUCGCCCCAAAAGUCCCAGCAUCCACAGCUACAGAGACACCACAGAAGCAGCCGACACUAGAAGAGACCACUCCAAAGGUGCAGCUAGCAGAGGUACAAACUCCAAGCCAGCGUGGAGAGCUUUCGCCCAGGCAGGCAAGUGAGGAUACCAACGGUGCGCCAGCAGGAGUCAUGGAGAUGCCAGUCCCUCUGCCACGCAAAAUAAACACGGGAAAGAGCAAAAUCAAGAGGGUGAAGACCAUCUACGAUUGUCAAGCAGACAACGAUGAUGAGCUGACCUUUAGUGAAGGAGAAGUGAUCAUCGUUACAGGAGAAGAAGAUCAGGAGUGGUGGAUUGGACACAUAGAAGGUCAGCCAGACAGGAAAGGGGUCUUCCCUAUGUCCUUUGUGCAGAUUUUGUCCGACUGACAUUGUGACUGGCAGGUGUGAGGCUGCCCCUGUAGCACAAGCUUCUCCCAUUAGCCUCGCACCAGACUUUGGACUCCGCCUCUCUGUAUAGCUGCUGUAAUCCAAACAAAUCUCAAGAAUCCAAAAGGAAAAAAAUAUCAUAUCGAAUCACGACUCUUGGAAACAUGAAGGGUGAACUGAGUAAAGUGUGUGUUGUUAACAAACUGCAUUAUCUUGCCUACCAGUAUUACCGUAGCCAUGGCGGCCCAGCAUGCUAACCUGGGUAUGCAGUAGCUAUCCUCGGAAUUUAGCACUUAACAUUUCUCAGUGUAUGCUGUAACUUUGUGUAUGUGUGCACAUAUGGAAUUAUAUGUAUGUCCAUAUUAAGUGUCUCUGUACAUAUAUAUGCACAAAUGUAAGUGUAUAUUUAUGUACUUAUGUUAUGUAGGAUGUAAGUGUGCAAAUGUAUGUUAACCCCUGCUUGCUUCAGGAGCCGGACUGACUCCUAAACAUUUUAGCUCAGUGUUUUCAUUCAUCUCUCGAAUUCCUGGAAGGACUAACAGACAAAAUGUGAGAAUUAAAUGAAGGUUUCACUGAAUAUUAUAACAGUGUUGUCCUCAAGUAUAGUGGCACGAUAACCAGGGAUGAAAACUUUUAAUAGUUCCAAGCCUCUAAGCAUCUCAUCUUCUAUGCAUAUAAGGUUAAUCGAGUUAGGCUGGAUUUGCUUGCUUGUCAUUAUAUGUCGUAAUGGAAAGGAAAACAUAAAACACAGUAACCACAUUUGUCUUCUAUCUAUACAGUACCAUGUUAAAGACUCCUGCUCUGGAGGUGGUUUACUGGUUAGUGUAGUCCAUGCCACUUGGUGACUAUCCAUGCGCCUCUUCACAGCUACCUAAUGCCAUAUCAGAUUUCGCAAAGCCCCUGGAACAUGUCCUUGCCCGUAGGAUCCUGAUUUAAGGCAGAUGGAUCCAAGUAACGCAAUCCCCAGGUCCUACCCUUCCCCCUAGAACACAUUGCCAUCAGAACGCACAUCGACCAGCAUUGGUAUUACAGGUUCAGGAUGCUCAUUUACUUGGUCUAAAUAGAAAUAACUCUGGAACUGUGGAGUUUUGUUUGUAGGUUAUUUGUAUGUUUGGUUUUAUUUGAAUAUGAAUUCAGGGGAACAGAGCAAUGAGUGACGGGCAGUAACACAGCUCCGAAUGAACUUAACGCUGCCUCUGACUUUUCCUCAACCAGGGAGACUUGAGCUUUUUAGCUUUUUUUGCAUUAACAGAAGAUCAUGUAUUAGCAAAUGCCUCCUAAUUUGUUGAUAGUAUUAGCCAUUUAUAGGGCUACAGUGUGUCAGUAUGUAAAGGAAUUAAAUCCGUUUGAGUGUAUAGAAAAUAAAUGAAUAUUCAUUUAUUUUAGGAUGUGUUACAAAUGCAUUAGAUGUAACUGGGGUAAACCACGAUGCAAGAUUUCAGCACAAGCAAAAACAGCAGCGCUCCAUGAAAUAACAAACCUAUGUGAAGCCUGUGGAACUGAGUUCCUGUUACACCAUUCAUGUAUUGUGUACUUUUAAACUCUCAAUGAGCCUGUUGUUGGACCAAAUGUGUGAAAUUCAUGUUUAGAUAGAACACACUUCAUCUAGAGGUGCCAUCUUGGCUAGUCAGGAACUGGUGAUGAACUCUUGUCUGCUAAUAUUUGGAAGCAGUCAAAUGGCUAAUUUCAUGAAGAACUGGAUCUGAUCCUAAUGUAAAAAAAAAAAUAGUUAGGAUAGAUUUUACCACUCAUUUCUCAUUUGUUUUUGUCUGUGUUUUGCUGCACUGUACGUUUAGUCCCAAGACACUCUCUGAUAUCAAGUUUCAUUUAGAAAUAAAUAUUUUACGUUGAAA